GGCUACGGAAGCCGAGGCGCUUUCUACAGGCGCGUUGGGAGCUAGAUUCUCUAACGUGAAGAGGCUGGAGAGGGACCUCCAACCCUGCGGGGUGGGACAGGGCUUCAGCUACCUCGGGGCCCUCGGAUGGCGCCGAGAUGAAAGCGAAGGCCGGGCCCGCCAAACCUUCCAAGGGCCGUGCUGUGGCCAAGCCGGAGCUUGUCAAGAAGCCCGAUCGGAAGAAACAGCAGAAGAAGAAGAAAUUCUGGAAAAGAUACCCCAAGGCGGCCGCAGAAGCUUCCAAGAAACCGGAGAGUGAGCAUGCCCGGGCGGCGGCGGGGGCGGUGCUGCCCCCCAGAGGGCCGCAAGAGUUCUCCCACAACUGGAGGGCCUUGCAGGAGAUGUUGAAACAAAAAACACCAAAUCCAGAAAAGUCUGUUCCUGCCUCUCAGGGGAAUCCCAGAAAACCCAAAAGCUACCACCAGAGUGGCAGAAGUGUUUCUAAGAAGGAAAAGCAUGGUGAUGCAGAACUGCCAGAGGUGUCAGGCAAAACAGGCCAAUCCUCCUCCAAGGCUUCUAUUUCUUUAGGAUAUUUGAAUGAUCCAAAAGUUGUCUCUCAUAAAAAAUGCAACGAAACAAAGGGCCCAGGCAAUGGAACUGAAACCAAGAAAAGAAAAAAUGGUGGCCUUCACCAGAAAAUAAGGGACAUCAAGCAUGAGAAGAGGAAAGCAGAGGAAUUAGUUCCUCCUCCACCAACAGAAUCAGACAUCUGGUUUGAUGAUGUAGAUCCUAAGGAUAUCGAAGCUGCCAUUGGUCCAGAAGCGGCAAAAAUAGCUCGAAAAAAACUGGGUCUGAAGGAAAGAAAUCUGUCACUGGUGAAAGAAGGGGCAUUUGAAGGCGUGACCAAAGCCGUAGCUAUGGAUUGUGAGAUGGUGGGAGCAGGGCCAGAUGGGGAAGAAAACAUCCUUGCCCGAGUGUCCAUCGUGAACCAGUUUGGGAAGUGUGUUUAUGACAAGUAUGUAAAGCCAACAGAGAAAGUGACUGAUUACCGGACAGAUGUCAGUGGGAUUCGGCCAGAAGACAUCAGACAUGGAGAAGAGUACCAGAUUGUCCAAAAGGAGGUGUCGGAACUGCUUAAGGGCAGAAUUCUAGUUGGACACGCCCUGCAUAAUGACUUAAAGAUUCUGCUUCUUGAUCAUCCCAAAAAGAAGAUACGGGACACACAGAAAUAUAAACCUUUCAGGACACAAGUAAAGAGUGGAAGACCAUCUCUGAAACUACUCAGUGAGAAAAUUCUUGGUAUCAAAAUACAGCAAUCAGAACACUGUUCGAUUCAAGAUGCCCAGGCAGCAAUGAGGCUGUAUGUAAUGGUGAAAAAACAUUGGGAAGGAACCAUCAAAGACAAAUAUAAACUACAAAAGAGAGAAAAGGACAAAGCCUAACUGAGCCCUCCUUGUCACCAUUUCUGCUGCCUACCCUGCCUGCUGGCUUGUUCCUCAACAGUGUGGUCAUGUCCCCUGAAGAAACGGAACAGGGGCUUUCCUGAGCCAAGGGAGGGCGGGUAUUCUGUCAGCUUACCAUCUCUCUUAUCUGUUGAUAGUGUGGCCCUUGGAGUUCGCACAGAUGAAAUAUUCCCAAAGAUGGUCACUUUUUGGAGAAAUUCAAACUUGUGGCUACAGGGGAUGUGUGCUACUAAAGGGGAAUUUGACCCUCUUCAGAUACAGUAGCUCUUGUCCAGGAGCUCACAGUUUCUUGUUUACGUUCCUUUCUUGUGUUCCAGAAAUCACUGUUAAUAUCAGAGGCAUAAUAAUUAGAGUGUAGAUGAGGGGGUCUUUGAGGAGGGAUGACCUUUCCUCUGGGUGCAGAAAGUGAAGAUCAGAGACUGGUUCUGGGCUUCAGUGAAGAUGUGCAGCUCUCGGUAAUCCAUUUUCAUAAUUAAAUAAUUUCUUCAGCACGUGCAGUGAUGUGAUCACUUUGGACCAAUAGGUCUAUGCACUUGUACAGCAGGAGGUAUAUAGUAUGUAACUGGCAUGUUAAUUAGGAUCACUGCCAUCUUACUCUCCCUUCCUGCUCUCUUGAGCUUUGUGUGUGAAAUGGUAUCAUGGACCAUGCUGGGGGUAAAUGGAGGGGAGCAGUAUCUAGGGGUCCAGUGGACCCAGAGCAGCCAGACAACUCUGAUUCUGUAAUUUACCUUGCUAAAAGUUGACUGGAGACACUAACAGACCUGAGUAUUUCCCACCCUAAUCAGUUGUUGCUGCCACGAGGAAAAAAUCUCAUCCGUAUCUGGCAGACCACAGAUGGAGGCAUAUACACCUAAUACCUUCCCAGGAGUCUUGUCUGAAAGAUAUCCCAUUGUUUCUGCCUAAGUUUAAGCUUUCCUUUUUUGAUCUGGUGGUGUCUGCAAAGGGUACUUAGUUGUUUAAAACUGGAGCCCCUGAAGUAGGCCUCUGCUGUGGAAAAAAUUUGACCUCCCAGAAUCCUUAAAUUACAACAUUUAGAUGAUACAAAUUAGAAAUUUUAGGUUGAUUCCAUCUAAUCAAAAUGUCUGUUAGUUGUUCCAGUCAUAACCUUACUGUUAACACAAACCUGAAAUAAAAUGAGCCCCUUUAAGAAUUGCAUUCUUAGGGGUUAUUUAGGGGUUUUUUGUUUUGUUUUUUUAAUGAAUAAUUUAUUGACCUUAUGAUAUUUGAGCCUAAGAAGUCUCUAAGAACUAAACUAAGUCUAACUAAAAAACUUAGAAGUUUGAUCACAUUCUGAGACUAAAGAUCAGCUUAAUAGAUAUGGUUCAGGAUGACUACCUCUAGACCUGCCUGAGAGUUUAUUAUUUUCCUAAUAUCAGGAGUUACACAGACAUACUGUGCUAAUUAAAGUGUACAAGGCUAGAGGACUGUUAGUUGUCCCAUAUUUUCUGGGUGACAAAGAAAAUAGGAUUUUUUUUAUUAAGUAUAAUUGUACUGGGUGUAUAUUAUCUGAAGUAAAUGCUACUUUGUACUUUUAAAA